GAAGGAAAUGAAUAAAGUUCGAAUGUUUUUAUAUGCAAAGGGAAUGUCGUCAAUGUUGGCUUAUCCUAUAUCAAAAUUAUUUACUUCCCUUGCAUAUCUUGCAUUCUUUUUUAAUGGAGGACAAUUAAACCCCGAAAUUGCAUUUAUCACUAUGACUGUUUCUUUGUACAUCUUUAUCAGCACUGUUAGCAUGUUCUCACUAGCAAUAAAUAAUUUUGCAGAAAUUUUGGUUUCACUGAAGCGACUUCAGGCUUUUCUGCUUCUUCAAGAAAAAGACAGCAAUACCUCAAAAAUUCUAGAAGAAAGAGAAAGUUUAACCGAAUUUGGAAUAUGGGUGGAUAAUGUCACAGCUGCAUGGAAAAAAGAACCAAUAUUGAAUGAUAUUUCUUUAAACGUACAGCCUGGAGAAUUACUAACUGUUAUAGGUCCUGUUGGAUCAGGAAAGACUUCUCUAUUAAUGUCGAUAUUGGGAGAGAUUCCGAUAAGUUCUGGUAGGGUGACAGUUAAAGGAAAGAUCGCUUAUGCUUCUCAAGAAGCUUGGGUAUUCAACGACACUAUCAGAGAAAAUAUCUUGUUUGGAGAAGAAUAUCAAGAAGAUAAGUAUAGAAAAAUCUUGUAUAUCACCGCUCUUGAAAAG